UGCUUGUCUUACUAUCCCUAUGUCACGCUCUAGAAGAGAUUUUGCUCAUUUUUAUACAGCAAAUAUAUUAGGCCGGGAUAUCAAUAAGGAAAAUGGCCUAGAAGUUGGAUAUCCAGUUCAUGUACACUGCUGGCCACUGGUUAAACGCGUUAUUGGGGACCAAUUGGUAGAGGCCAAUCUUAAGACUUUUGUGAAAGCGAUUUUGCAAUUCUGGAGGGAAAACAGUGAAUGGUGGGAUUUAUUGCCAUUUCUUAAGGAACGCUGCGAACGCUGUGAGUACGAAGGAGAGAAAUGUGUCCAUAUCCCUGAUUCGGGGAGAAAGAGGGCACCAACAGGACGAAAUCCCACAGUUAUACCGAAGAUUGAAAAUCUUAUCCAACAAGCUGCUGCACAAAAGGCCUGUUCCUCUGGAAAAGAUCACCCCCAGACGCACCGGCAAAAGCGACAGAAACGGCACGAACGGCGGCAGCAAUCGAUUAUAUCUCAGAUUCCUCUUGAUAUAUCAAUUGAGAUUGUUGAAACACUUGAUAGCAAAGAUGCGGAAAACAUGCUUACUGCGUUUGGGUGGCAGUUGCCCGAUAUAUAUUGGCAGAGCCGUUGCCAGAAAGAGGUGGUCUUUGAAUUCCAAGAUCUAAUCGAUAAUCGGACGCCCAUUGAUUGGCAAUUUCUUGCUCUUCGGUCACAGAGAUCGCUAAAGGGCCUUUUGCCAUUGCAGAAUCGCGCUCGGAUUGUCAAAUUCCUUCAAGGUCUUAAGGAGAUCUUCCUUGCUAUGCUUGAAAAGGAUAAAGUGAGCAAGUGCCCUAGACUGGGAGCUUGAGAUAUGCAGACUUAGUGUUGGCGCUCACAGCUUACUGGGAGACGAGCUGCAAACAGCUUGUACGACUCUGCUGAAAGAGAGGUAGGAUAAGCAACGUGAAGCCACCUAAAGCCACCAAUAUAGGAUCAAAAAAGACACGCUGGAACAAGUAAAUGCUUAUAAUUAGUGGCGGAGGCAGUGCUUCAACCAACGAGUAAUCAAGAUAAAGUCUAUAGGCA